CUCUGAAAGGAAAAAUCUUCCGCAGUCCAAAUCGAUUGAAAAAUGGCGGCUGUCAACAUCACAGCAAAGAUUUCUUUUAUAUUUAUCGUUUCGUUAUUCUUUUCAUAUUGUAGUGCAUCAUUUGAAAAUUUGUAUUGUGGACAAGAUAAUUGCUAUGAUGUUCUUGGAGUAACUAGAGAUGCAACAAAGGGUGAAAUUUCAAAAGCUUACAGAAAGCUUGCAAGAAAGUAUCAUCCUGAUGUAUAUAAGGAAAAAGAUGCAGAAGAGAGAUUUAGAAAGAUAGCAACUGCCUAUGAGACACUAAAAGAUGAUGAAGCUAGGACUGACUAUGAUUACAUGUUGGAUAAUCCAGAAUAUGCAUACUACCAUUACUACCGAUACUACAAGAGACAGGUCACCCCUAAGGUUGAUGUUAGGAUUGUCAUAGCUGCUACAGUAUCUGUCAUCUCAGUUUUACAGUAUAUGCACAAACAUGUUAGGUUUAAUGAAGCUAUAGAAUAUGCUAUGCAGCAGCCAAAAUUUAAAAACCAGGCAAUGAAAGUUGCCCAUGAUGAGGGUUUACUGGUCAAAGGCAAAAAGGCAAAGGGUAAAAAGUCGAAGGAAGAGAGAAAAGAGGAAGAAGCUAGAAUACUGCGAGAAGUUGUUGAGAAUUCAAUUGACAUACGGGGAGGUUAUAGUAAACCAUCGCUAAGAGAUAUUCUUUGGGUGCAGCUAGCGAUGAGCCCUUAUUACAUAGUCUUGUACAUCGCAUGGGCCGCACGAUGGAUUUGGAAAUUCUGGAUUUUGAAAGAGGAGUAUGGUUCUGAGGAGAAAGAGUACUUGACACGGAAGGCAAUUGGAGUUAGUGAUUUAUAUUGGGAGGCUAUUGAUGACCUUGCCCGAAAAGACUAUUUAAACCGCGAGUUAUGGGUUAAAGAAAACUUGAAGGCAUUCAAGGAGGAACAGGAAGAAGAGAUGAGAGUCAAGAUGGCUGAAAAUAAUAAACACAAAAUGUGGAGGCGAUACAUGAAAGCUGGUGGACCCGGAAGAAUGACAUUUGCUGAAGACUAAUUUGCAAUUGUAUCAAACAGUGGCACAUCAGAUCUAUUUACUGUGUAUCAAUUCAUUUGUUUUGUUAAUCAGCAAUAAAAUUGAAUUUUCAUUUUAGUCACUUCAUGUGCUAUACUAAAAAGAAAAGUAAAAUUCUUAA